AAAGCUACCAAAAACCAUUGCCAAAGCGUUGAUUGAUAACUGAAGACUUAUUGUUCACUGCACUGUUGUUUGUUGAAAGCUCCUUGCCAAUGGUGAAAGCCGAUAUGAAGAAGAUUCAACCAGAAGCAUCAAAGCAAAUGUCUUCACCACCGUCGUCAUCAUGCAAGAAGAAGUACAAGGGUGUGAGAAUGAGGAGCUGGGGUUCUUGGGUGUCAGAGAUUAGGGCUCCAAAUCAGAAGACAAGAAUCUGGUUAGGGUCUUAUUCUACGCCAGAAGCUGCCGCAAGAGCCUAUGAUGCUGCACUGCUAUGCCUCAAAGGUUCAUCGGCAAAUCUCAACUUCGCCAUCACUUCUUCACAUUACAUCCCCGAUGGUGUUUUGUCUCCCAAGUCAAUACAAAGAGUGGCCGCUGCAGCUGCCAAUGGUUUCGUCAACAGUGCCGCCGCCGCCGCCGCAACAAUAUCGCCGCCACCUUCCUCCGAAUCCUCCUCUUCUUCAACCUCUUCCCCAUCUAUGUCUUCCUCGCCAUCUGAUCAAGUAGUUGAUUAUGAUGAUGAUUACAUGUCACUAAUACAAUCUCUUGUAGCGGAAGAUGAGCCUAUUUCUCUGAUGGAACCAUGGUACUCCUCCUUUAAUCAGAUGUUGAAUGUGUCCUCGCUUGUUCCGCCCUCAACGAUCAAUGAAUUCUACGAUGAAGGCGAUGAUAUUCGUCUGUGGAGUUUUUGCUAAGCUUGAGCAUUAAACCAUUCUUUUAUUCUUUCCAAUUAUUUGAUAAUCUUCAGUUGUUGCUUGAAGAUGCUUGCUGACAGUAACCAAAAAAAUUCAUAUUUCACUGUAUUUUCAGACGAUUUUUUUUUUUAACUCUCGAAGUGGAGAGUU